AUGAGCGACGUACGGAAACAGUACGAAGAAUUCGACGCGCCCGCGAAGAAAGGCAGCGAAGUUGCAGACGACGCCAGUAGUCCGGAGAGCAUUCCAGAGAUCGACCGGCCACCUCUUAGGAAGAUCGACCACUACAUCCGACCAGAAAUACCAUGCCUCACCAAAAGAAUCACAGUAGCGUUCCUCAGUUGUAUGGGCUUCAUCAUCAUGUUUGGCAUGAGGACGAGUAUGAGUUUUGUCAAAGUGGAAUUGAACAAUACGUGGACGAAUGAAACUUUGGCAGCGGUUGAUUCUGCUAUUUUUUGGGGUUACUUUGUGACCCAGAUACCAGGAGGUUUGAUAGCGGCGGCCUAUCCCGCAAAUGUGUUGUUUGGAGCCGCUAUAGGAUCUUCCUGCAUCCUGAAUCUUUGUAUUCCAGCUGUAUACGAGAAUCCAAACUUCCUUAUAGUCGUUAAAAUCCUACAGGGUUUAGUGGAGGGAGUCACUUAUCCAGCAUGCCACGGCAUAAUGAGGCACUGGGCUCCACCUCUAGAAAGAUCACGCCUAGCAACUCUGGCCUUCAGUGGAUGUUACGCCGGCGUUAUGUUCUCGAUGCCUAUAUCUGGGGCGUUAAUAGGAGCCUUUGGACCUCUGUCUCCUUUCUACUUUUAUGGAGUAGUGGGGAUUCUGUGGUACCUGUCGUGGAUCUGGUUAGUAUUCGAGAAACCCGCAUAUCAUACCUGUAUCGAAGCAAAAGAACUGAUGUUUAUACAAACGUCCUUAGGAGACUCCCAAAUGACGUACGAAGCACCCACGCUUCGAAACACCCCUUGGAAAGCCUUCUUUACGUCGAUGCCGUGCUACGCCAUAUUCGUGGCGAAUUUUUGCAGAUCCUGGAAUUUUUACCUACUUGUUAUCUUUCAAGCGAUAUACUUUAGAGACGCCUUCGGGACUGGGUUGACAGAGAACGCGCUGCUUGGGCCCCUUCCUCACUUUUUCAUGACAGUGGUGGUACAGACUGGGGGGAUUCUGGCUGAUAAACUACGAAAAAAUGGAAUUUUAACCACGACUCAAGUUAGGAAGCUGUUCAACUGUGGAGGGUUUGGAAUGGAAGCAACCUUCUUCCUGAUAAUGGCUUACUCGAAUACAGUAACUCAAGGAAUGACGGCUCUAUCGAUCGGAGUGGCCUUUAGUGGUUUUGCCAUUUCCGGAUUCAAUGUCAACCACCUGGACAUUGCCCCCAAGUAUGCCAGUAUUCUAAUGGGCAUUUCUAAUGGCAUCGGAACCAUAGCUGGUUGUAUAUGUCCACAAGUGGUGCACAAAAUAGUGCCAAUGGAUGAUGGACAAGGCUCUCAUGUCCAAUCAAAAAAGCAGGAGUGGAAGAUAGUAUUCAUUAUAUCAGCCUUAAUACACUACGUCGGUAUAAUAUUCUACGGCAUAUUCGCAUCUGGCGAGCUGCAACCAUGGGCUGAUUCAAGUUUGGAAGAAAAAAAACAAUGGAACCAGAUGAACGAAGCUAUGUCGGUCAGGAAAUCGCCAUCCAAGAAUAACGGCUUACUGCAAAGACAGCCAAGCGGCGCCAUAACAAACUACGGAGCCAUGGAGACGCCAUUGGAGAGCAAACCACCAAGACCAACCCCACCGCCACGCCUGUACUCCCAGGAGGCCCCAACUGCUCCUUCAGAGCCAUACCCGGCUCAAUCACCUCAUCCCGCGCCAAUUGUUUCCUCAGGCAACCCCUUCAGGUCAUCCUCGAACCCAUUCCGGCAGGAACCUGUGCAGCCUAUUGCUCAGGACACCUACAUGCACGGUACCAUCGACGAUCGAACUUAUUAA